AUGGCUGACAGACGCAAAGGUCGUGGUAGACCCAGAACCCAGAAUUCAGACUCUGAACCGCCAAGUGGUAGUGAAGGUUUUCAUUGGCCUCAGUUUGUGAAACAGAUGCAACAACAACAAAACCAAUUCAUGCAACAGAUGAUGCAACAGCGAAAUGGUGGUUUGCAUCCUCAAGGGGUUCCACAAGAAGCUGCAGGUGGUAGUUUCCAAGAUUUUUUCCGCAUGAAUCCUCCUGAAUUCCAUGGUGGGUUGAAUCUUGUGAAGGCUCAGGAGUGGAUAACCAGCAUGGAAAGGAUUUUUCAGAUAGUGCAUUGUAGUGAAGAGAAUAAGGUUGUGUUUGCUUCUCACAUGAUGAAGGAUCUAGUCGUGAGUUGGUGGGAGAGUGCUUCGACCCUUAUGACCAAUCAAGGAGUACCUAGGGAUUGGGAGCAUUUUAAGACUAUUUUUCUGGAUAAGUAUUUUCCUAGUUCUUUGAGGACUCAGAAAGAAUUUGAGUUUCAGCAGCUUAGACAGGGUACCAUAACAAUAGUUGCGUAUGCUGAGAAGUUCGAAGAUAUGGCUGCUUAUUCUAGGCAGGCUGCGUACGCACCUGAUGAGAGGUGGAAGAUUGAUCAGUUUAUUUUUGGUCUAAGGGGUGAAAUUUCUCAUAAUGUUUCUCAAAGGGAAUUCACUUCUUAUGUUGAAUUGUUAAGGCAAUGUUAUGUGGCUGAGAACAGUUUGAAGAAAGUUCAAGAAGAAAGGGAUCAGUAUAGGAGUGGACAGAGAGACCAAGGGAGGCCAGUUUAG